GUUGUGAUGGAUUCCAGAACCGAGGAUGAAAAAUUGCAGGGCACCGCAAAUCUUAGAGAGCACAUUGUCAACGCACAAAAAGAAAGAGAAGUCUACAACAAAUGCAUUGUAUAUGCUAAAGGUCUGUUUGAGACAGGGGACAGGCGACAUUCUCAUUUCACCUUUGAUUUCAGCCAGAAUUUAUCGCUACCACACCAUUCAAGACAGAUGGGGCCAACUUAUUUCAUGACAUUGCGCAAAGUGCAAUUGUUUGGUGUACGCAAUGACGGCACAUCAACGCAAUACAACUUCCUUGUAGACGAGAAUGAGACUAUUGGCCCUGAUGGUACUCAAACUCACGGACCUAAUGCUGUUAUCAGUAUGGUGGACUGGGUGAUAGAAAGGGACCAUGCGGAGGGACCAACAAUUUCACUACAUGCCGAUAAUUGCCCAGGACAGAAUAAAAACUACUAUAUGCUGGGAUAUCUGAUGUGGCGUGUUCUGACUGGACGUCAGGAGAAGAUAGAGUAUAUGAUGCAGAUACCUGGUCACGCUCGCUGCCAUGUUGAUGCUGGCUUUGCCCGCAUAAAACAACUUUACCGCAGGACAGACACGGAUGCUCUUGGUCAACUUACGGAAGUUGUAAAUCAGUCAUCAUCUACAAGCCAGUGUAUCCGGUACCCUACAUGGACAUGGCGAGACUGGAAAGGAUUUCUGAAAACGUACUUCAAACCGCUCCAAGGCAUCAGAAAGUAUCAAUAUUUUCGUAUGAGCCGAGAUCAUCCUGGAAUGGUGGUUGUUAAAGAGAGCUGCGAAAAAGCCGAGGAGACAUUCUCCAUCAUGAAAUCAAACAACUUUCAGUUUGAACGGGGACACUUGCCACAAGUACUGCAACCAGGUGGAAUGUCUGCUGCACGACGCAGAUAUCUUUACAGCACAGUUCGGCCCUAUGUGCGACCUAUAUUUCAAGAUGAAACAUGUCCAGGAGAGCCUUAGACAAGUUUUAAUUAGAACACUCAUGUUACCAUGGUAACGGAUAGAAGGACAUUAUCUGACUCCUGUGAUUUUUUAUGUUAUUAUCUAAUGGUUUCUGUUACAAAUAUAAUGAAUAUAUUACAAACUACAAACUAAAGUAUACCUAGUUGUACUUGUUUCAAUUGCUUAUUAGUUUUAUAUGAGGUAUAUUGAAAGAUUUAUUUCUACAUGGUUAUGUACAUGACAGUGCCUAAUCGCGAAAGGCUGUAUCUCGGGUACCUUUUGAGAUAAUUUCAAAAUUUCUUUUGCAUUCUACAGGAAAAUGAUGAUACUUGAAUAAUUGCUCAAAACCUCAAAUUCGAUAUUUUGGUCAUAAUUGCAGGUUUUUCUGGAGAACGGCUCAUAUAUAUA